AUGCCUGUAUGGUGCCAUAUGUUUGUACAAACUCUGACGGAGGGAGCCCGGCUUUGGUUUGACAGCCUCCCUCCGGGGGGAAUCGAUAGUUAUGAAGAGUUAAGCGAGAAGUUCCUCAGGAACUUUGGUCAGCAGAGGAAAGUGGUCAAGAAUCCAAAUGAGAUCCUCCACAUAAGGCUGAGGGACAAUGAGCGAAUAGAUCAGUAUAUGGAGAGGUUCGUCAAGGAGAGCAUGAACAUCAAAGAUGUCCCGGAGGUCAUGAAAAUCAGCAGUUUCAUAAAUGGGCUAAAGCAUGCACAGCUGUGUGAGAAACUGGGGGAGGAGUUCCCCCACUCAUUUGACAACCUCAUGGACAGGUCAGAGCCUUCGUCAGGGGGAAAGACACAGUAA